AUGCCUUCCGCUUCCACCACUCAGAAGCUGAAGGGUGCCGAAAAAGGCCUCUCGCGAGCUUCAAGUGUCUCCAAGACUGAACCAGAGAGUGCUGCUGACUCUACUGAGAACAACUACCUGAAGGAGCUGCAGAAGACCCUCCGAAAUGCCAACAAGAAGCUGAAUGCCAGCGCAAAGGUUGAUGCUAUCAUCACCGAGAACCCUGGAAAAUCGCUGGACCAGCUCAUCGAGGAAAAGAAGAUCAACAACGACCAGAAGGCACAGCACCUCAAGAGGCCCACUCUCCAGGCUACCGUCGCCCAGGCAGAAGAGCAGAUCGCCCACUACAAACAAUUUGCUGCCCAGUAUGAGGAGCGUCUGGUUGCUCAAAAAGCUGAGCUCACCAAGGCGCACGAGGAGGAGCUGGAAGCUGUCCGCGCAAAUGCCAUCGCCGAUGCAACCGAGACCUCCAAGAAAGCAUUGCGCCAGAAGCUUUACACUCUGACCAAGUUCCUCUGCGGUGCGGCUACACUUCGACUCAACGGCGAUGCAAAUGACACCGAGAGCCAGGCCUUCGAGGGUGCUCUGUUCCAAGUGUACGGUGGCAGCCAGGAGGCCGUGAACAGCAUGGUGAAGAUCAUCGAUGGUGUCGACGAGAAAAUCAUCGGUGUUGAGCGCAACAUGCUCGAAUUUACCUAUGCCGACCUGAAGCAAGCCUGUGACCGAUUCGCUGCUGCCGAGGAAGACUCCGAUGUCUCCUCGGAGACCAUCCCUGCCUCCGACCCUACUCUUGCCAACGCCGGUCUCACUGAGCUCCAGGAUCCCUCUCUCGAAAACACCGUAUCUAAACCAGCCCAGGCCGACCAGCUGGCUCCUCCCGCUCAGACUCUGAUCUCCGAUGCUGCCAACUCGAUCGCGGAGAAGAGCUCCGGCGCCGCUGAGCUCGACGAAAGCGACUUGGUCGAGCUUCCUCGUGAUCCCGCUGAGACCGAUACCGGCCUCCAAGCUACCCCGGCUAGUGCUGAUGCAGGCUUGACCAACAGCUCUGUCGGGGCCGAUGUGUCCGCCGAGGGCGUGCAGGAGAACGGUGCUGCUAAGAAAUCCGGUGGUCGUCGUCGUCACAACAACCGGUCCCGCGAGCAGCGUGAGGGUCAACAGGGUCCUCGCGAAGGACAGCAAGCUCCGCGUGAAGGUCAGAAGCCUCAACGCGAGGGCCAGCAAGGCCAGCGUGAGGGACAGCAGGGUCCUCGUGAAGGACAGCGUGGUCGUGGCCGCGGUCCCCGUGGCGAAGGUCGCGGUCGUGGUGGCCGUGGCCGUGGACGUGGCGGGCCCAGUGGUACUGGCAACGGCUCUGCUGAAGCUUCUGCCCCUGCUCCUGCCCCUGCGGCUUCUGCCUAA